UCUAUUGUGACAAAAAUGUCGUCGAAGGAGCGUGCCUUCUUUAUUUAAAAUUGAUUUUUUUUUUUCAUAGAUCUUUGAUUUAAUUGCUUUGAAAAUAAAUAAAAUGUCAGAUAAAUUGGAUACGAAAGUGAUCCAGGUGACCAAUGUGGCUCCUGGAGCCACUUGGGAACAGAUGAAAACAUUAUUUUCUUUUCUGGGCAGAAUUCGGGAUCUGAAAAUGUAUCCCCCAGAGCACUCGGAGUUGCAGGUCUCGGCCCGUGUUUGCUAUGUUGAGUUCGAUGAUCCGACAAGUGUUGGCAUUGCCCUUCAUCUCACCAACACAGUCUUCAUUGAUCGGGCUCUUAUUAUUGUGCCAGUAUUGGAUGGGAAAAUUCCUGAUGAGAAUACAGCCCUUCAGCUGACUCCUCAAGUUGUGUCUGGAAUGAUGCCCGGUCUGCCAACAUGGCCUAGUAAUGUCGUCAGUCAGAUCAGUCGCACACCUCAAGGUCCAGUGAUAACAACGGUUGACCCACAGCUGACUAAUCUAGGACUUCCUCAGUAUCCUCCACUUCCUGGCAAUGUGGAACCAGGGAAAGUUGAAGAAAUUCGAAGAACUGUAUAUGUGUCUAAUUUGGAUUCAUCAGUGAUACCAGAACAACUCUUGAGUUUUUUCAGCCAAGUUGGUGAAGUUAAAUAUGUUCGAAUGGCAGGAGAUGAUUUUCAGCCGACACGCUUUGCUCUAAUUGAGUUCACCGAUCAGCGAUCAGUGGCCACUUCACUAACAUACAAUGGAGUAAUGUUUCAAGGACACCCCAUUAAGAUCACUGGACCAGUGCUAACGAAAACUGAUAAUGACAUUCCGACCUCGAGUUACUCGGAUGGAAUCAGGUUUCAAGAUGGCCAAAUAGCAUCUAGCUGGCAGACAUUUAUAGAACUUCUCCGGAAAAGAGUGAACCAUUCUAACAUGGCCAUUCAGAAGCCCCUGUCAAAAGAUGAAGCUGCAUCACAGCGUGAGAUGGAGGAUGCCAUGAAGAAGGUCAAGGAAGCCCAGUCACUGAUCACUGCAGCAGCUGAAGGUGAAGGUAAAAAAUCGAAAAGAAGCAGUUUGGACCGGCGAAGCCGAUCCGUGUCCAAAUCGAGAAGAUCAAGAAGUAAAUCCAAGGGACGAAGCCGUUCACGAUCAAGAAGACGAUCAAGAUCUCGUCGAAGGUCACGAUCAAGAGGCCGGAGGUCAAGAUCAAAAUCAAGAAAAAGAUCUAGGUCACGACGAAGGAAAUCGAGGUCAAGAAGCAGACACCGCAGACGUCGAUCCAGGUCGAAGUUGACCAUUGAACCGCCUUUGGGCAUGGACCAUGGUCAAUUGAAAUGGUCACGCAGAUCAAGAUCUAGAGAUCGGCGAAGGUCAAGGUCACGAUCUAAGCACCGGAGCAAGUCCAAAAGAUCAAGAUCGAAGUCUAGGAAACGAUCCAAGACCCCUCCUAGAGCAUUUAUUCAUCGUAGAUCCAGAUCGAGGAGUCGCAAGAAGAGUAGGUCAAAGAGUCGACAUCGUUCUAAAUCCCGGGAGAAGAGGAAGCGAACCAAAUCACCGUCACCGCCUAAACUAGAGCGGGAAUGUUCGUUGCCUCGGCAAGCGGACUCUGCCGAAAGUCUGAUUCCACCUGCAGCUGAUGUUGAUGUGAAGCCCAACAGUGACCCAAAGACUGAAGCACCACCCACAAAACCAAGUGACCCAAAGCCUGAGGCAUCGCCCACAAAAUCAAGUGAACCAAAGGAUGAAACAACUGCUUCAAAGAAAAGUGAACCAAAGGAUGAAACAACUGCUUCAAAGAAAAGUGAACCAAAGGAUGAAACAACUGCUUCAAAGAAAAGGUCAUCCAAAAGUCGGAGUGCCAGUCCCAGCCCAAGGAAGCUGAGCCCUGUGAGACGUUCCCGCACCCCACUCCGCUCUCCGCGACGCGCAAGUCCUUACCGGAGUCCUCGACGCAGCCCGCGACGCAGCCCAAGACGAAGCCGUGCUCGCAGUCCCAGGAGAAGUCCUCGGAGGAGUCCCCGUAAAGUCUCAGUUAGUCCACGACGCAGGUCCAUCAGUCCUCGGCGCAGGUCUAUCAGUCCUCGACGCAGGCCCUCCGUCAGUCCAAAAAGAAAGUCCAGAUCGCCAGUGCGUAGAAAAAGGAGCAGAAGAAGUCGGUCCACAUCGCGGCGUCGGUCUCGUUCUAGAAGUGGUUCCAGACACAGGAAGAAAGAUAAGAAAAGGGACCGAGAUCGAAGCAGGGACCGUAAACGAGACAAAGACCGAGAAAGCAAAAAGAAGAGUCGCGACAAAGACCGAGAGCGAGAGAAGGAUAAGGAUAAGGAUAAGGAUAAAGACAAGGACAAGGACAAGGAUAAGUCUGACACUAAGGUCGUGAGGGAUUACGACGAGGAGGAGAAAGGAUUCGGAAGUGGAGCUGAAAACAAGAAGAGUGACAGCGCGGCAGAUCUCGACAGUAAUAGACAGAUGGUCGACAUGGAGAUGAGCGACUGAACGCACUGUGCUCGGAACAUCUCUUUGUAAUAAGAAGCAAAUUAAUGAGCCAUUAAUUAAUGGAUUAAGUCUUCUGAAUAUGACUAAAUUGCUGGUGUGAUAAUUCUCAUAUGAACUUUGAAGAAAUUCAUUGUUGUGAACAUUCAGAUAUUAACUUGAAUUUUACAAAAUUUGGUAUUAUGGAUGUUCAAAGUUGAAUACUUAAGAAUUACACUGUUCAAAGACACUAAGGGAACAGUUGGAAAGUAGAACAAUUGAUAGUCAUGUACACUUCAUUGUUUAAAUUGGAGGACAGUUGGAAUUUAUUAUUCAAACAAGGUAUUAUAAAUCUUCAACUUAAAAGACUUUGAAAGACAAUUUGAAUAGUUUAUGUAUCAUGGAGAUGUAACAUGUUGGUUUGUAGCAAGUUUAGACAACGUAUUUGUCAGAUUACUCUAGCAUGUCCUAAACUAGACUAAUAAAUCUUCUCUUACUU